CUCUGUAGGUCACUCUCUUGUGUGUCGUACCCUUGGAAUAAUUAAUUAUCAUGGGGAAAAACUCCGGAGAGCUGGUUCUGCCAUUUGAUACAGAUAGGUCUCCCUUUUCGAUCACGUGAGUCUUGUGAAUGUGUGCUUGUCAGUAGUCGGCCACUGGAGAUGAUCGCCUAGUACACACCUGCUCCUCCACUGUCAACAAGAAGAGGAUGCAGAGGACUAGGGACACUCUCAUAGAACUACAGUUACAUCCACGAGACACUUUCCCCUGUUGUCUAAAGGGUUAAAUCAUGCCUAGGAAUGGGAGGAGACACUGAUUUUGUUUAUCACCCACAAGCCUUCUGCAGAAGAAAACAGAGCUGGAGAAAUGCUGCAAAACCAGUCUUCUAUAAAGGAUUGGACCUAACCGCUCACCAGCAAGCUUAAUACGUGACACUCAGGUCAUCUUCAAAUCUCCGUCAUGGCUUCUAGUUUGCUGACUAUUCCUGCUAUGGGCCGUCCCUUUACUCUUGGGAUGCUCUAUGAUGCAAGAAAAGAUGAGCAGAUUCCAGGUUUCACUUUGUGGGAUGAAGCAUCUUUGCAAAACAUGGCAAUGGAGUGUGCCCUUCCGAGCAGCAAGUUUGAAAUUGCUGCGUCAGACUCCACCACGUCCCAGUCAUCUCUGCUAGAUGUAAAUGCAUCACUGAGUGCCAGCUUUCUUGGUGGGCUGAUAGAAGUGGGAGGUUCAGCCAAGUACCUCAAUGAAAAGAAGAAGUUCAAGAACCAGAGCAGAGUAAUCUUAGAGUACUCGGCCACAACCUCUUACAGGGAACUUAAUCUGACAAGUGAGAGGCCACUGAACUCGCUGCAGAAGGAGAUCAUUGACAGAAGCAUGGCCACACACAUGGUCACCGCCAUAGUCUAUGGGGCGAACGCUUUUUUUGUGUUUGAGAGUCAGAAGUUGGACGCCAGCAGUGUCCAGAUGGUUAAGGGCAGCAUGGAGGCAGUAAUCAAGAAAAUUCCUUCUUUCAACAUUUCAGGGAAGGUUGAGAUACAGCUCACAGAAGAGGAAAAAGCCUUGACUGAAACCUUUUCCUGUAAAUUCUACGGUGACUUUAUUCUUGAGAGCAACCCAGCAACCUUUGAAGAUGCCGUGAGGACAUAUGUACAGCUGCCGAAAGUUCUGAAAACUGAGGGAAAGACGUCUCCUGUGAUGGUGUGGUUGAUGCCACUUAGCAAGAUCUACUCGCAAACAGGUGGACUACAGGCAGAGAUUAGCACCGGGCUUGUCAGAAAGGUUCGGGAGUGUCUGGAAGAGUUGAUCGAAUCAGAACUGGAAUGUAAUGAUCUCUUAGAGGAAAAGGCAGCCAAAUAUUUCCCAGCCAUCAAAGAGAAGCUGAGGAGCUUCCAGAAGCACUGCCAGGACCUUCAGGCAACCCUGCAACGGGUCAUCAAGGAGAAACUCCCUGCCAUUCGAGGUGGCAAAGAUGAAGAAAAGUCACUGGAGAACGUGUUGAAAGACAUUGCAAAGUCACCAUUCAGUCACAGGGCAUUGAAGAAGUGGCUGGAAGAUCAGGAGCGAGAAGUGACCAUAAUCAACUCCGUGCUCAAUAUGAUGUCCGAGGUCAAGGUCAUCUCCCAACCCGCUGAGCUGGACUAUGUUGUCCUUGCGGCAGAUGUCCAUGACACCUUGUGCUUUGUAUUUACUUCCCUGGAGUCCAAAGAUGGGCAGAUUCAACAGAUGAGCCGCUACCUAGAUGGCCUGGAACUGAAACCUGCAAACAGCAGUGCGGAACCAAAACCCGAGCGCUGGUUUCAGUCGGAUGAAGUGCUGAGUGAAAUGAUGGAGCAUGCUCAAUAUAUCUGCCGUCUAGCUGCGGCUUUGAAGAAUAACAAGAGUUACAGGUUUCUUGUCGCUGCAAUCGAGAAUCCAAAGCACCAGGGAGGCACGAUCUACCAUUACUGGAAACAUAAGCUGGUCUCUGAGCAGUUCACGAAGCCAAACAUUGCUGACGUUGAAAAUCUUACAGAGCGGCAACAAUUACUUUGGUAUGGCUGUGAUGUCUCUCUGGAUCCAGAGACAGUAAACGGUAAUCUUGCCAUGUCCGAAGAAAACAAAAAGGUGACUCAUGGAAAAUGGCUGUCUCCCUCUUUUUCCACAAAGAGGUUCCAUCCCUUCCAUCAGGCUUUGGCUCAAGAGGGUCUGAUGGGUCAGUGCUAUUGGGAGGUGGAAUGGAGCACCAGUCAGAGCGAGGAUGUUGCCGUGGGGGUUUGCUACAAAGGGAUGUCAAGAAAGGGGGACGGUGACAACAGCCGGCUUGGCUGGAAUGUCAUGUCAUGGUGUUUGGGCCAUCGCUGGAGCCCCCCACAUCCUACUCUGUACGCUGAACAUGAUAAACACUGCGUUUACAUUUCAGUACCUGAGACCGGCUGUGAUAAGCUUGGUGUCUUCUUGGAUUGGAAUGCAGGAACGCUGACAUUCUACAAAGUAACAGCUGAUACACUGAGUCACAUUCAUACCUUCAGAGCUCGCUUCUCUGAGCCCCUCUACCCUGCCUUCAUGAUCUGGCGGGAAAGCAACUACAUAUUCCUCAAUCUGUGAGACCAGUUGGAAACAAUCAGGCUUCUUGUAUCAAUAUAUAUCAUAUAUAUACUCGAGUUGAGGGGGGAUGUGGUGGGAUGGCACCGACCCUCCUAACAAAAACAAAAUUUAAAUAAUCGCUACUCAUGUUUAAUGGUCUAUUUCUAGUUCUCCACAUGUUCUCCACAUUUAGAGCUCAUCUGCAUAUGACUGGUCGGUAGCCUAGCGGAGUGCACGCAUCUCAUUUGAAGAAUCUGAGAAUUAAGAAUUAUAGGUUCGAGAAGGGACACUCUUAUCAUGCAGGGAAAAUGAGGGAAACCGGAUUGCGUUUCAGCACCCCCAGUGAUGCGUCACUACACAGCUCAUGGCGUCAUGAACACAGCUUCCACCCUUUUUUUAAUGGUGAAAAAAAAUUAACAUCCCUCGUGAAUUGUUUUUUUUUCUGUACUAAAGUGUAUAUCAAUGAAUAAUAAAGAGCAUAAUCGUCAA